UCCAGUCAGUCCAGUCGCAGUGUGCCAGUGCAGUAGUGAAGAUGGCAGUCUCCAAGCAGAACGCAGUUUUCCAGCUGUCGGACCCGCCCGAAUCGAGUGCUGCCAUGGAAGGCUUCCCCGACGAGUUGCUGCUGUUGGUCAUGAGGUUCGUGCCCGCCAAGGACCUGCUCGCCUGCCGCCUCGUGUGUAAAAAGUUCACCAGGCUCGUCGCGGACCCUGUGGUGUGGCGGCACCGCAGUGUUGACCUCAGCCGCGGCGGCGCCUUGCCGUGCGCGGUGCUUCGUCUGGCGCCGUGUCUGAACGUCAUGAGCAUGACCGUUCCGCUGGGGAUGCGAUGUCCGCACGCGUUCUACACUGAAUGUGCGGCGGCAAAGCUGGUACUUCGUAGUUUGGGUUCGGGGGACGCCAUUGGCCAGACAGUCGUCUCAGUGAUCCGCAACCAGGAAAGGCUCGGCCGCCUGCGGAGCCUCUCGGUUGAGUUGCCGCGUGAAAUGCGUUCUGCCGAUGCUGCCGUCAAAGUAUUGACAACGUUGGCGACAACGAGCGGCCUGGAGGAGCUGUCCAUCAGCGGCAGUGCGGGCUCCAUGCCCACCGAGGACAAGCUGCGCCAUCUGCGCGCCGGGCCCACCCCCACUCUGAGGCGUUUCCAUCUUGACUGGAGGGCAAGCAUGUGGCAUCAUCAUCCGACGGGCGAUGGUGGAGACCGACUGGAUCGCCAGGUGGAGGACGUCUGCAGGUUCGUGCUGGCCCAGCACGCCACCACCCUCGAAGAGAUCAGCUUCAACCCCUCGUCGCCCCUCUCGACCACGCUGCAGGCGUCCCUGCUGGCCAACUUGCCCAGCCUGCACGAGCUGAGCUGCCCCGUCCUGCCCGGGUUGCCGGUCCUGGCGGCGUGCCGGUCGCUGAGGAAGCUCACCCUCAUGGUGACCCGGAAGUCGGUCGGCCCCGAGACCGCCGAGUUGCUCCGCCGCGCCGAGCAGCUGCGCGACGUCACCCUGGUGUACUACACGAGCGAGCUCCUGCCCUGGACCCCCAGCACCGCCGGCGUGGACCUGGUCUGGCACUUGGCUGCGUCCGGGCGGUCCGACGUGGAGUCGCUGCGCAUCGCCAACAUCCCGAGUCACCUGCCCCAGCUGCGGCCGCUGCUGCGAGCGCUGCCCCUGCUGACGCGCCUGCGCCACCUCUGCGUGGAGGCGGCCCCGGACGAGCUGCUCCGGGCCAUCACCCCGGUCACGACCCCGGCGCUGCAGAGCCUCGCGGUGAACCAGUCCAGGUGGGGGUGCAUUCACGCCUGGCUGCACAGGCGGGAAGUCAAGACGCUCCUGGGUGAGAACCCCUCGCUUCAUGUCAAAAUGUGCAUUGGGCGUUCAACCUGUAUUGGGCGCCCCUGCGACGUGUGUGCUUACGAGUGUCACCCUGAGCUGUGGGACACUGAUGCCGGCUUUUUCACGCAUGACCCGAGAGGCGUGUGCCCAUGUCCAGAGAUCCACGAUAGAUAUGGACCGUGGUACUACAUUCCCGACAUUGCAAGCCUAGAAAUGCUGACGGAGAGUACGCCCAGGGGCUGGGCUGAUGUGGAAAGUUUAGAGCCGGUGCAAAUCAUCGAGUCCUCCGAAGACAGUUUUUCUGACCCCGACUUGGAUGUGGACUGGUUCUGAAUUACUGUCUGAUGAGUUCCUAUACUGCCAGUGUAUACUUGCCUUUUUGUCUUGUAAUAUUCUACUCUGCAGGGCGGUUAUUUACUCUCCAGAGAGCCCCCCCCCCUCAUGUAUGU